AUGAAAAAAACUAUAUAUGAAAAUACUGUUGAUAUUCAGUUUACAGAAAUAUGUGGUGUUUUAGAAGAAGCCAGUGACCUGGUACAGCCCGGACACUCUGCCUAUGUGAGACUGCGCAAGGAGUUUGGUUCCGAAUUUUUUGAUCCCAACACUGGUUUACUCGAUCGUACGAAACUUGGUGAUGUUGUAUUCAAAGACGCAGAGAAACGUCGUAAGCUGAAUAGCGUACUUCAUCCAGCUAUUCGAUGGGAAAUGUUUCUACAAAUCAUGAAGUAUAUCCUUUUUGGAAGUCAUACAAUCGUCUUAGACACACCACUCCUGAUUGAAUCAGGAUAUCAGAAGAUUCUGGGAACAAUAAUCGUUAAGUUUUCUGCCUAUUCUGACUUCUUUGCAGAUAUUCCCACAUUUUUCUUUAGCGAUGACGAAGUGCAGAUGAAUCGUCUAAUGUUACGGGAUGGUCUGAGUAGAGAAGAUGCUGCCGCUCGAAUCGCUUCUCAGAUGCCUAUAAAAAAGAAAAUGGAGCUAGCCACACAUCUCAUAGAUAAUAACGGGUCAAAGGAAGAGCUGGAGCGGAAGGUAAGCCUUGGAAUUUUUGAGGCACUGUCUACUCAAAUUUGA